CGGAAGCGGGUGAGCAAGCGCCGGUUCAUUGUGGGAAGUGAAGGAUCGUCAAGAUGGCGGCCAGCAAGCGGCUCGGUAGGGAGCUUAAAGAUAUUCGUGAGUCUGGAAUGAAGAAUUUCCGUAAUAUCCUAGUGGAUGAAGCGAACCUUUUGUAUUGGCAAGGGCUUAUUGUUCCUGAUAACCCUCCGUAUGACAAAGGGGCUUUCAGGAUUGAAAUAAGCUUUCCAUCAGAAUACCCUUUCAAACCACCUAAAAUUACAUUCAAGACAAAGAUCUAUCAUCCCAACAUCGAUGAAAAAGGACAAGUUUGUCUCCCAGUCAUUAGUGCAGAAAACUGGAAACCAGCAACCAAAACUGACCAAGUUAUCCAGUCACUCAUUGCACUUGUCAAUGACCCACAGCCCGAGCAUCCUCUAAGAGCUGACCUAGCUGAAGAAUACUCUAAGGACCGUAAAAAAUUCUUUAAGAACGCUGAAGAGUUUACUAAGAAAUAUGCAGAAAAACGACCAGUGGACUAAGACUUCUGUCAAGCUGCCUUUCUGACCAUCAGAUUCUGGGCAGUACAUUUCAACAACACCAUCCAACAGGACUCUGAACACGUGCAAGUGUCACCUUUGGUGUUAACUUGUGGCUGUUACUAACUUUCUACAGUUUUCAUAUAAUCAGAAGUGGUUUAGAUAAUGACUGUUCAGAUGGGAUUAAAACUUUAAAUAAGACAGUCUAGUUCUGCUUUCUAGUUUAAAAACACAAAAUCACUGCUUAGUAAACAACUUUUCUCUCUCAAUUCCACAAGUUCUUUUAACAGAUGGUGUUCUGUUCUUGAGCUUAACAAAUAGUUUUUUUGUUUUCCUUCAAAUCCAUGUUUCCCUUUAUUGCCUUUGCUUUUCUCUUUCAAUAAAAAUUACAUUAUCCAAACCAAUCUCUCAGUGAAGAAUGACAAAGUCCUGAAGGAGGUGGGCAAGUGUUUACUUUUCUCUUUAAUUUUGAAUGUUCUGCAAGUGGACCCUGGCCUACAAUGUAUUUAGAAGCUGGGAAGGGGAAAUGCUAACAUUGCCAUCGAGAGUAAAUCAGCUUAUUCCAAUGUAAUUUAGCUCUGUUACUAUACAGUAAUGUUGACAAAAUAGGAAUGUUUUGGAUUAAUUUUUUUUAAGUGUUUUUUUACACCCAUUCCUUGGUUACCUCUGAAUUAACUGGCUUUCAGAGGAUUUAUCCCUGGCGUAGGUUGUCAGGCAAUGACCCUAUACAUUGGCCACUGUCCACAUUGCCUUGAGCUUCCGCAUCCAUGCAGAUGCUGACAAGUUGCAUGUACAGUGAGGAGACUCAAAAUGGUAAUGUUUUAAACCAGCAUCAAGCUGUUUGCAGUUUGGUGGUCUGUAUUAAUCAACCGAGAAUUCAAAAUUAGCUGUAGGAAUUUGCAUGAAGUGAUUACAUAGGCAGGCCGAAUCCCCUGUAUUCUCCUUCUGGCCACUGUUUAGAUCUUUGUGUGCUGUGACUCAGGCAUUUGAUUCCCCCUGUUGGUUGAUUUUUGCUCAUUUAACAAGAUUCAGAUACUGUCUGUGCACCUGUGGAAUAGAUCCUGCACAAUCUGCUUCACUAGUUUAGGAAUGGUGUUACCUCAACUUAGCAUUUGUAGAGAUGGUUGAUCUUUUUUUUUUAAAAAACCUUGCAUCCAGCUUGGCUCAGUUUUGGGGAAAUUUGAGCCAAACCUCCACGCUCCUUCCAUGCUGAUUUUUGGCUCCAGAAAAUAUGUUUGCGUCUAAUUCAUUCAGUAGAGAGGUAAAAGUAUUUGACAUCACAGCGUUGUUCUACGAGUAAAGGUCUGGGGUGUUUAAUUUCAGGGCUUUGUCACACUUACAAUUUCAAUCAUCUUGUAACUUGAGGUGAAAAUGCCUAUUUCUAUCCUGUCUUAGAUAGCCUGAUUACUGGGUGGAAACUCGCACUGGGCAGGGCAGUGUUGCCCACAGCAAAUCAUCUCUUGCUCAUUAUCCAUUUUGUUUUUCCCUCAAACAUAUUUCCAUGCUUUAAUCUGGGAAAGAAUAGAAAAUAAAUUGAAAUUGGAACUUAAGGGUAAAGGUAUUUGGAAAAAGUAUUUACACUGCUGAAAUGUAAGUAAGUGGAGGUUAGUCAAAGUAUGUCAUUUGGGCUUAUAUUUUAACCACUGAAGCUCUGAAAUUGUAUCCUGUUUUGACUCGUGUACGCUGUUAAACCUGCAGGUACUCUCUGUACAAUGGUAGCAACCGCCCUCUCAACUUAAGUACCCCGAAUCAUUUUUUUAAGCGGUCAAUAUUAAAAUUAGUCUGGAUAAAG